GCACCACCACCUGUCUUACGUAUACCGCACCUAACGCUGCUCAUCCACGCGUCUCCUCUCUCCACAAGCUUCGAGUCAAAUGGAAUGGACGCGUGGCCUACUUACUGCGAAGGACAUGACGGCGCCCCGGAGAAGAGCAAGGGCAAGACGAAAGUCCAGCGGUUAGAAGAUCCUUGGCGCUAUCCGGUCUCAGAGCAGGGAGCCCUUGGGGCCGCGACUCUCAGGAGGAAGGGAAGACACUAUGAGUGGACGUUUGUGUCCGAGGGAAAAUCAGAUUAUACGCUAGUCGCUCCCGACGGCCCGGUGGAGGUCUUUCCCCCAACACGUCCGAGGCCAUGGCGAGAACCCAAGGCUACCGAGAUACAGCGUGCUGAGCAGGGAGCACAUUUCCUUCGCACAUUCUACCCGGACAUAGACGUACAGACUGAGCUCAUUCGGGAUGAGAUCGCAGAAGACACCCGUGUUACUCGGACGCUCAGGCGACAAGACCCCUUCGCUGGCAACAUGAUGGCCGUAUCGUCUUUUCAGGUUUCUCGGAAGAACAUGGCAUAUGUAGUGUUUCCGAUGGGUGAAACGAACCGUCAACUGAAUAUGUCCCCACUCAUAAUCAAUACGAGAACGAGAGCUCAGCUGAAGCCGGUCGCUACACCUGUGUAUACUUUUGAUACCCCCAUUAGACAAAUAAUUGCAUCUCCCCACUCCGAGACGGGGAAGAGCAAGUCCGCUCCGAUGCUUGGCGUUAGGACCAUGGGGUCAACGACAUUUUUGCAAGUCAAAGUUGCCGUCAACAAGUCUACAUAUGCGGUUGAACCCACGCCUUUUAUCACCGUGCAACGGACGGACAUCGGGGAUAAACACGCUGUCGACAUCGCCAUCUCACCUACCAACCCAUCCAUUGGAUAUGUCGUAAACGAUGCCGGGGACAUUUUCAGGUGCAGUGUACCUGAGGGCAAGAGGACUAUCGAGCUCGUGCAUAUGGGAGGGGCAUCAGAGCAGUCUCUUUACCGCAUAUCCGCGCGUGGCACACGAGAGACGCUCCUGUCUGUUUCAGCUAAGUCGGCUUCCCUCCUCGAUUUGCGGGCUGGGAAACGUCCACAUAUACUCCAUACAGUCACCCAACCAAACAUCGUACUGACAUCCGCCGAAAGUCUCAGUGACGAUCACCUCACCCGUCUGGUCUCAAGCAGAGAGAUACUGUGGGUAGACGAGCGCAACGCCCGAAAGCCCCUCCUUUCCAUCAAGCACGGAAGAGACCAUGAUAUGACACUCGGCACUCGCACCCAAGUCCUAAUCAGCUCCACCUUGACAUUCCUCACCUCUAGACGCAACUCUUUGGUCACGGUCUACGAUGUCUCUCGUGGUAACGACAACCUCGUUCACAUCCACGACCCCCCAUACGCGGUGCCUCCUGUCCUCUGCCCGGACGGCCCGCACCUUGGCCAUGCGUUCUUUCAAGCGCCUACGUUGGCCGGCAGCAAGCAUCUCAGCAUCUUCCAGUUGUCGGAACGCGGGAGCGUUUCGCUGUUGAAUAUCCAGCGAUUAUCUCGCGAGGCUGAGGAGGCCGAGGAUGAGCCGCGGAAGCGAGCAGAUUGGCCCCUGGAGGUCCAGGCAUUGGCAGCGGACGUCAGUGCUGCGCGGUCCGAUCUUGGGUCUCUCGCUGGCAGGGCGCACAGUAUCGUAGAUCUCCAGCCUGCGUAUCAAAGACUUUUCGUUGAGCGUGAAAAGGAAGAUCUAUCAGCACAAACUGGUGUGGUGUUUGACGUGCUGGAUAGCAUGCCGACAUUCUGGCAGGACACAGAUGUUCCCGUAGAACAUGCGCUUACUACAUUUGACAUUGCUAUGCGUUCUGGGCCAGAACCUGCCAACGCCUCGAGGAACGACUGGGUUACGGGGAGUGCACUGGAUUGUGUUGCCGGGUAUCGGGCCCUAGGGCAAGGGCGUGUUCCGCGCGACGAACUCACUCGGAAAGCUGCGUGGCACCUCGACAUCUCGCCCUUCAUCCGCCGCACCGUGCCCGACCACGGUGAGAACCCGCAGAACACCCUGGAGAACCUCUCCCGUUAUGACCUCGCCGAUGGACCAGACCGAACAGCACCGUCCUUCCGCAGGGAGAGCGAGGCUCGUUCACAGUUGGCUCUCGACCUUUCUCUGGCGUCUGACGUCUUCGCCCCUAAACGACCUGGCAAGGGCCCUGCCGCGACCCUCGACGAAGAUCUGCUGAAUAUCUCACGCUCUACGGAGGCGAUGUCUCUAGGCGACGUCGAGCCAGCCCCAGUACACUUCAGCUUCCUCCGGCCCAUCUGCAAGACCGAUCCCCGUGGCCUCCCUAGCGCAUCCAAGAACGUAAUCGGUGAACUCGCCGCCAAAUCUAUGAUGCCCCCAGGGGUCCGCCUAUUGUUGCAGGAAUGGGACGUCGGCGCGGAUCCGAUGCAGUACGAGUACCGCGACCCGUACGACGAGGCUGCGGCGCCACCCGCGAACGUUGGACGUCCCUCCAAGGUGCCCCCUCCUCAGGGGGCGCAGUCGGUGCAGGAGCCCAGGCCCUCGACGCAAACGCAAACGCAAACGCAGCGCCCGCCCGCGAUAGCGUCUUCCGUACCGAACGCACCGCCUACUAUUUCUGCGAGCCAGCCCCCCGUUACACGCAGGCCGCUCGCCGCCGCGCGGUGGCAGGACGCGUUCGUGGCCCCAACACCGCGUCCGCCGUCAAGUCGCAGCCAACCGGCGGAAACGUGGGGCGCACCGGCUUCGUCGCAGGAAUUCAUGACAAGCACGCAAGUGCUGCCUGGGCCACAUGGAGGACGACCGGUGCCUGCGAAGAAGAAGGGCGCCAAGAAACGAUUGGGAGGGUUCUGAGCGGUCCAGGGCAUUGUCUGGUAUGGUAACGGGAUGGCAUAGGUGGGAGUUUGGGUUGGCUCUCCCUCCCACGGUAGAGCGACUGCAUGCAGAUCGCCUUCGAAACCUUGUCGCGUUGACGUACCCUUUAGACGCCCAUUGUAUGUUUCGUCACUUGUACAUGCGCUGUAUGCAGCUGUGUGUGACAUAAAGG